CCCGCUCGUGGAAGUCGUGUGGGGGUAUCGACGCGGCGCGUGCUUCCGUUAUAGAAUUGUCAGAGACGUUCAGGGUCUGUCAUGAGGAUACAGUUGUGUUAAACGUCCUCAAAGUGGAUCAUAUGAUAUUAAAAAUGGUGAAAAUAAUUAGGCAGUGAUAAUUAGUUUAAAUUAAUGUUGAUACUUGUCUUGAACCUCAAUAUUGGGAAUGUUUGUGAAAAUUAAAUUCAAGAGAAUGGAUUUUGUGUAUAAAUGUGAUUUUAAAACAGACAGGAAUUACAGCAGAAUAUCUUGAAAGAAGACAAUCAGCCAAAACUCGUCUGAAACGGAAACUACCGUGGCACCAGAACAAGUCGGAACUGUGCUUAAAUCUUUAGGGAUUUACGAAAAAUUGGAACAAGUUUGGAUAUGACAGUAUGUAUAUUAUAAAAGGAUCUACUGGUCACAUCGACACAGGACAGGCAUGGGCUUUAGGAUUCGUCUAUGUAUCGUCGUGUCUAGUCUGGCCUUACUGCUGGGUACUAUAGUUUCCGGGUUAAGUCUUGGCAGUGCAAGAACAACGACGAUUGAUUUCCUCCAGUAUCUGAACAGAUCAAAUACAAAUAUCACGUACACAAUUGGUCCUGAACCACCACUACCUGCUAUCUACAUUCAGGAUUCAUCUCGAGGUCUCGUUCUCCCAGAGAACGCUGUACGUGACGCCUUGAUGUUGCUGCAUAACAACGAUGACGUCACAUUCCUGGCGACCAUCAGACAGGAAGCCGGUGAUUCCGGGAGCAUAUUUUCCUUCACGGCCGGAGUUCAUAGAUAUCUGGACUUACAAAUAAGUGGUGGCCGUGACGAGCUGAUAUUGUAUUAUUCGCAUGACCAACAAAUCCAUUCGGCAACAUUCCCAUACAGACUUGCAGACGGCCAUUGGCACGAGAUAGCAUUAACUUUCAAAGGUGCAAGCUUGACUUUAAGAGUGAACUGUACAAAUGUGUAUGAACGAGUGCUAUCGUCUCUAGAUAUACAAUCUUUGGCAGGGAAUUCUAUACAAAUCCACAUAGGAGGUCGCGGUUCGCAUGGUUCCCAUUUUAGGGUGGCGCUGCAGGAGUUACGCCUGGUGGCCUACAAAGACGGUCUCCAGCAGGAUCCAUGUCCACCUCAACAGGAAACCAUAGAAUGCCCAAUGUGUGCAGAAUUCCAAUCUUUCCAGAACAAAAUGAACCUCUUGUAUAACAGAUUCCAGAAAUACAACAUAACCUCCGUGCAGCAAGCAGAGGAGGACGCUGGGCUAGAGCGGUGCGAGUGUCUCAAGUCCUGUGAGCAGCUAAAGCAGCUCGUUCCCCACACCCUCUUCCAAAUGGACCAGUGUAGGAUAUGUGCCUGCAACGGGAGCACCCUGGAGUGUCGAUCUCAGCCGUGCCCAGAGCCAGAAUGUGCGAACCCAGUGAUAAAUGAUGGCGAUUGCUGUCCCUCAUGUCCAAUGAAACGAAAGUGCCGUUACCAAGGAGUGUUCUAUGAACACGGGACGACCAUGAGCCCCAAAUCCUGCCAUAUAUGUGUUUGCGACGAUGGUGUUAUGCAGUGUGACCGACAAGACCCGAUGACGUCAUGCCCACGACUCGAUUGCCCCGUCGAAGACCUUUUACAUGUGCAGGGUCAGUGCUGUCCAAUUUGCAGAGGAACUGAUUUCUGUUCAAGGGGACACAACUGCCAUUCAAAUGCAACCUGUAUAAAUCUUUCUACAAGAUUCACGUGCCAAUGUCGCCGUGGUUUCCAGGGAAACGGAAGUUACUGCGAAGAUAUAAACGAGUGUUUGGAAACUGGAGGAAGGAAUGGACAUUAUUGUCAUACUGAUCAAAAAUGUGAGAACACAAUAGGAUCUUACAAGUGUAAAUGCAUGACUGAACAUAGCCACCACGAGAACCAAUCGUGUGCGAGCACUCUGAAUGGCCAGAUGGCGCUGUUCCCGAUCACGUGGGUAGUCACGUGGUUUGUUUCUGUGAUUACUUUGUGGCUGUGUAAAAACAUUCAACUAAGGAUGAGAUGAUCACCACCAUUUGUAAUCGUCGACUUUAGUUAGUGCACAAAAUAGAUACUAAUUAUUAAAUUGGAUGUAAUAGUUGUGUAUAUAUUGUUGACAUUCAUUGUCAAUGUGAUUAUUGUUCUAAACAAUUCCGUCGCCUUGUGUUGUGAUGCACGCGUUUAAAUGUUAUGUUUUGGUUAUUAUGAAAUCGUUAAAAAUAAAUUUAUUUUAUAGAUUUAUCAAAAUAUGAACAGUUCAUAAUGUAAACUGAAAGAUAUAGAAUAAUUAUAAUAUCUAAUAGUUUCGAUCAAUCGUAUAAAAGUAGUUUAUAUUUGAUAAGACAGAGGCAACACUAAGAUUGUUUGUUAAUAUUUUAAUGAAGAUUUUUUUUAUAUAAGUAUUUUUCAAUCUGAUAUACAUCACAAGCAUAUUGACUUAAAUUUGACAAUUGCCAAUGUAUCUUUUAUGUAUAAAAAAUGAAAUUGUUCCAUAAUUAUAUGUGCAAGCACAAGUUGUUGUAAGUAUGUAUUAAAUAAAGUGAUCGAGCGUUUAAAACAUGUAAACAAUCACUCAUAAGUCGUUCAUUAUGAUUUUUUGUUUAAAUUAAAUACUUUCAUUGCCACACAUAAGAAACAUUUUUACUAGCUGAAUUCAUCAUUUAUAAAAGUCUUGACUUACUAUACUGCUUACUAUUCUAUUACUUGUAUAAGUUCCAUUGUCUGUAAUGUACUAUUCUAUUACUUGUAUAAGUUCCAUUGUCUGUAAUGUAGUAUAUAAUUUCGUAUGUUGAUUUUCCUGUCAGGUAAAUUAUUACACUCGUUUCUUUGUUUAAUAAGUAUUGCUUAUAAUUACACCAUUUAUACAUAUAUGUGUAAACGUCAUUUAGGAGGGUAUGUCUUGCUUAUAUGAAAAGAUAAGAAACUUUUAAUCGAACAUUAUGGUUUGGGUUUCACUUUUGUAUAUAUACUCUCUAGCUCAUACAACUUUUAAUAUGUAUUGUCAUCUUAAUACAGUUUAUCAUACACAUGCGUGUUUAAAAUAUUCAUAUAUACGGUACACAUACGACACGCUGUUCGUUUGUUGUUGUUGCUAUUACAAUAUAUAUUAUGUUGUUUAAGCAUGAAACGUGCACACCAUUCGUACGCUGUCUCUGAUACACUCUCUGCGUUGACGUGUGAAAUAUGUACCCAAUUUUGUCCAGGGUGGUUUUCAUUAAGGGGCAGACUAUACAAUCAACAACGUAAUCACAUUAUUCAAAUAAGAGGAAAAGUCAUAAUGACGUUGGUUCCGCCUGCAAAUGAUAUGUUAAACAUUGAAAAAUAAACAACAUUUUAUGUUUAAGAAGCCAAUGAAGAUAAAAUUCUGAUCGAAAUGUAGCAAAUAAUGUUAUACAAUAGUACAAAAUUGCAAAAUGGAUUUUUUUUAAAUAUAUUACAAGGUUACAAUUCCCUUAGAAAACUGUACGUGCUCACACGAGACAUGCAUCUGUAGUGGCAAUCUUGAAAUCUGUUCAUCGCCUUAUUUAAUUAGAGAUUCGGUGGGUUGACUUGAGACCCAACCUCGCUACUACCUCGGGUAUUAUUUUGUAAAUAUUUGAAAUA